AUGAACCAGCCCAGCAUCCUGGCCCAGCGCUUUGGGAUCACUGAGCAGACGGUCUACAAGUGGAAGAAGCGCGAUGUCUUUGCAGACCGCUCGCACACGGCCCAUCGCCUGCAGACGGUGCUCACGCCUGCGCAAGAGACCGUGGUGGUUCACUUGCGCCGUACCUUGCUGCUACCUUUGGAUGACCUGCUGGCCGUGACACGGGGAGUUCAUCUGUCCCAUGUCUCGCGCUCCGGCUGGACAG